UAUAUCCAAAAGGACCAAAACAUGGCUCCCUCAUCAAAAAUCCUCUCGUUACUUCUCUUAUACGUCGUCGUCUCAUUAGCCUCUGGUGAUGAGUCCAUCAUCAAAGACGACCUUCUCCAACUUCCAUCCGACGGCUGGUGGAGAACCGAUGAAGAAGUGAGGUCCAUCUACUUACAAUGGUCCGCGGAACACGGGAAAACUAACAACAACAACGGUAUCAUCAACGACCAAGACAGAAGAUUCAAUAUUUUCAAAGACAACCUAAGAUUCAUCGAUCUUCACAACCACAACAACAAGAACGCUACUUACAAGCUUGGUCUCACCAAAUUUACCGAUCUCACUAACGAUGAGUACCGAAGUUUAUACCUUGGAGCAAGAACAGAGCCCACCCGCCGCAUCGCUAAGGCCAAGCAUGUUAACCAGAAAUACUCAGCCGCUGUAAACGGCAAAGGGGUUCCAGAGACGGUUGAUUGGAGGCAGAAAGGAGCCGUUAAUCCCGUUAAAGACCAAGGAACUUGCGGAAGUUGUUGGGCGUUUUCGACAACUGCAGCAGUAGAAGGUAUAAAUAAGAUAGUAACAGGAGAACUCGUAUCUCUGUCAGAACAAGAACUAGUGGACUGCGACAAAGCCUACAACCAAGGUUGCAACGGAGGUUUAAUGGACUACGCUUUUCAAUUCAUCAUGAAGAACGGUGGCUUAAACACUGAAAAAGAUUACCCUUACCGUGGAUCCAACGGGAAAUGCAAUUCUUUCUUGAAGAAUUCAAGAGUUGUGAGUAUUGAUGGGUACGAAGAUGUUCCUACGAAAGACGAGGCAGCCUUGAAGAAAGCAAUUUCACACCAGCCUGUGAGUGUUGCUAUUGAAGCCGGUGGUAGAAUUUUCCAACAUUACCAAUCGGGGAUCUUCACCGGGGAGUGUGGUACGAAUCUUGAUCACGCGGUGGUGGCGGUAGGGUACGGGACAGAGAACGGCGUCGACUAUUGGAUUGUGAGGAACUCUUGGGGUCCGCGUUGGGGUGAGGAAGGUUACAUUAGGAUGGAGAGGAACUUGGCGGCUUCUAAAUCCGGUAAGUGUGGGAUUGCGGUUGAAGCCUCGUAUCCGGUUAAGUACAGUCCAAACCCGGUUCGUGGAAGUAUCAUCAGCAGUGUUUAGGAAUCAAAACGCUCGAUGUACAAGAUUUCAACAUUUGGGAUUCUUAUCAUUUAAUUUAAAUCUCAUAUUAUUAUUGUUUGUAAUGUAUAGUUUUUGAACCCAAAAAAAAAAGAAGGUAGUUGAUUCAUCAUAAGGAUGUUAAACUUUAUAAAUCCUUAUGUCGAUCAAUUUCCUU